AUGCAGUCUGACUGUGUAGCCACAGACAUUGCAGUAAGAUCAAAGUCCAGCCAACCUUGGCCACAGAUCGUCGAGUAUGGGAUGUUGAUGAAGUUGGAUCGAGACUUGAAGGAGCGGUAUGGAGCUGCAGAGGUGCAACCUGAUGUCGGCUGGGGUAUUGUGCGUUUGAAGACCGUGCUAGAGACCGUGGGUGUAGAAGGCGAUACUGACGACGACGGCGACGACGACGACGACAAUGAUUGCGCUGAUCCUGAUGUGGGCGAUGGAUAUGUCACGCCAUUGACAUAG